CCUUGAAGAGCUCUUCAACACCCUUCUUCUCCGUUAUCACAUCACAUCAACACAACCCGAUCAAGACCUUUCGAUCAAACCAAAUUUCCGAGUUUUACUCUUUUGACAGAGUCCCAUCCAACGAAUCAACUACCACCACCAAUACCACCAAAAUGACCCAGUCCAAGGCCGACAAGAUCAAUGAGGUCCAGUCCAACCUCCCCCUCCCCGAGCAGCCCCCCGUCGCCUCCGACUGGCAGUCGGCCGACGCCACCAAGGUCAACGUUGGCAGCGGCGGCAACGCCGAGGCCCCCAUCGGCCGCGACACGGCUGCCACCUCUGGCCUUCGUGAGCCCGCGUCUAAGGCCAACGUGGAUUUGAGCAGCGUUGGCCGCCAGGGCGUCGAAGGCCUCAACGGUCCCCCCAAGGAUGCUGCUGCGAAAUAAGGGAUUGGGUUUUUAUAUACCACGUAUGGAAAUGGGGAGAAUACCAAAAGGCACGAGGAGCAUUGUACUAUUAGACAGGACGGCAUGAUAUGAGUUAACGACGAUGGCAUGGUUUGCCU